UGUAAYAGGUUGUAUUAAACAUCCUGUUCAUGUUGAACAAUGAUUAUAGUGUAUUAGUGUGAAACAAAUCAGUGUAAUGUAAAACAUUUAAUACUGUUAUGGUAUCUUUCAGGUUUUUGGUGACAUCAGUGAUUUAUUUAUUUUUCUAUAAAUUGGGGYUUAAAAUUAGUGUCCUUUGUAAACUGGUGGAAAGUAGGACCUGGGAAGGCUGGGAUGUAAAUGGGGACAGUGGAGUGUGUGUCUAUUGGCAGAAAGGGGAGGGUGGGGGGACACAAUGUGUGACAGUCACUGCCAUACACAGGACUGAGAGUCUGACUGAAGGAGACGUGAGCACCAGUAAGAAUAAUUAAUUGGCACAGAAAGCCAUCAYGGAUUCAGUGUUCAGUGCCUUUUUAAAGCAUGGGGAAUUUACAGGAUAUUUAUGGACCUCUACUUGUCUACAGAACAACUAAAYUGUUACCUCUUCAUAUUUAAGUGGAUUAUUUAUGGUUUGACUUUUUUUAGUGGGAAAACUUUGGCCUCCACUAGUUCAUGCUGGUUUUAAACAUUAGCGGAGCUUGAACAGAAUAAACCAGGAUUAAACCAACCAUUUAAACACCAUCCAAUCAGAGUGAAUCAUGGGAUGUUUAUUUUUAAGCCCAUUAGAGUUGCAAACAAAAGAAGACAUGAAUAAAUGAUGGCAGAUAAGACUGGUUCCAUGAUAGCUUCUGUGUCAGACCGUCCAGUUCCAAACCUCACCACAUCCCUGUGGAAGUCUCUUCCUACAGUCCCUGCAGAUGUGGGCAUCGUCACAAGCUCCCAGUCCCAGAUCAAAGACCUGUUCGGGUUGUUCUGCAUGGUGACUCUCAAUCUUAUCGCCUUGUUGGCCAAUACUGGUGUGAUGGUGGCCAUCGCUCGCGCGCCUCACAUGAAACGCUUYGCGUUUGUGUGUCACCUCUGUGCCGUGGACCUGCUUUGUGCYAUCCUCCUCAUGCCUCUGGGCAUCAUAUCCAGCUCGCCGUUCUUCGGCACGGUGGUGUUUACGGUUCUAGAGUGUCAGGUUUACAUCUUUCUCAACGUUUUCCUCAUUUGUCUGUCUAUUCUCACCAUCACCGCCAUCAGCUUGGAGCGGUACUUCUACAUUGUCCACCCAAUGCGUUACGAAGUCAAGAUGACCAUCAACCUGGCUAUUGGUGUCAUGCUCCUGAUCUGGGUUAAGUCCCUUCUCCUAGCUCUGGUCACACUGUUUGGGUGGCCGGCUUAUGGGCGUCAGAGCUCCAUCGCAGCAGGUCACUGUUCUCUUCACGCAAGCCACAGUCACCUGAGAAAAGUGUUUGCCGUGCUCUUCAGUGUGGCUUGUUUUUUAGCUCCUUCAGUGGUUAUCUUUGGUGUUUACUGUGCUGUAUACAAGGUCGCUCGUUCGGCCGCUUUGCAGCAAGUCCCUGCCGUUCCAACAUGGGUAAACACAUGUCCUGCCAAGGAUCGCUCCGACUCCAUCAACAGCCAAACCACCAUGAUCRCCACCACCUGCACCCUGCCCCAAAGACUGUCUCCAGAGAGGGCCUUCGGCGGGGGGAAAGCUGCUCUCACCUUGGUGUUCAUCGUCGGCCAGUUCUUGGUUUGCUGGCUGCCCUAUUUCAUCUUUCACCUUCAAAUGUCUCUGACCAGUUCCAUGCAGAGCCCCGGGGACUUAGAGGAGGUGGUCACCUGGCUGGCCUACUCUUCCUUCGCAGUCAACCCGUUCUUCUACGGCAUGCUGAACCGACAGAUCAGAGACGAGCUGGUGAAGUUUCGACGCUGCUGCUUGACCCAGCCUGCRGAGAUGGCGGCGUCCAGCCAGGAGGCCUCAUUUCAGGAGAACUUUCUUCAGUUCAUCCAGAGAACCAGCAGCGCAGCCGAAAGACGCUUGAGCUGCGCCAACUCAAACACCACAAACUCCCUGAACCAGCCUACCAUGAUCCCAGGACAAGUACCAGAGCAAAAUACAUAAAAUUAUGGAUGACUGUGAUGAUAUGUUGAACAUAAAGGUUUUAAAUUGUUUGGAGGCCAUUCAGUUUUAUUUAAUAUGUUGGCAUUCGACUUUAUUAGAAGCUUACUGAGUAUCACAACAAAUCUUGUGUUAAAACAACACAAACUAGUUCAGCUUAAUUUAAAGUGACAGUUCAGAUUUUUUGAAGUCUUGUGAAAAAGUUAAAAAUAAUACCUGCAGAUAGUUCCUUUAAUUUAAUUUGGAUUCUGACCAAAUUAAUGAGCUAAAGGCUGGUCUGAGAGGAACCAAGGUGAAAGUGGACUAAAAUGUUGGUGAAUUGUUUUGAAAUGGUAGUUAGUCACCAUGAUUUUGGUCUUGUUCAAAUUAACCAUCAAGUCAUCAAUCCAGUCAGAAUUAAACAUUAUUUUCCUAAAGCUAUAAAAUAUUUAACUCUUUUCACAAAAUCACCAUUUUAAAAGACCUGAACUCUUUCUUUAAUUUAACUCAUCUCAUUCAAGGUCAAUAUUCUGUACUGUAAUAAAACAAAAUAUACUUAUAAAUAAUAAUUUUACCCUGURUAUACUUUUCUUACAUGUUCCAACUGAAUUUGGUUUAAUGAUGUUUACAAAAAAUAGAAUUGUAAAAAAGUACAUUUUGAGUGUAGUUUAUACAACUAUUUAAGUGUAAAACAAAGCAUUUGUAGACCUCUUUAUAUAACUGUUCACUGGUAUUUGUAAAUGUUUGA